CCAGCCCUGCUUGUGAUCUAUUUGUAGGUUAUUAAAGAUUACGUUUCCUAGUACAAAACAUAAAUAUAAAAAUUUAAGCAUGAAUGAUUUUGCAAGGGCUCAACUUAUGAAAUAUGGCUGGUCGGAAGGUAAAGGUCUAGGUAAACAUGAGAGCGGCAUUGCACAAGCAUUAAAACCAAAGUUAAAAUUCGAUACUACUGGUGUUGGACACAAGAAUGAUGAUUACAAUAAUUGGUGGGAAAGUGCAUUUAACAAAGCAGCUAAUAAUAUCACAGUCAAGUCUCAAACGAAUGGAGUUUUUAUAUCAGUAUCGAAGGGAGAUAAAACUGAAAAUGUUCCUGAAAAUAAAUUUGAAGAAACAAAGUCGAAAUCUUCAAUACAUUAUGGAAAUUUCCUUAAAUCAUCUGUACUUCUCAAUGGCAGCUUAGUGGAAGAUCAUACUAGUAGACAUAAAACAGAAGAUAAAGAAGAUGUUAUUUAUACCCCUUUGACAGAUGAAGAGUUAUUCAAAAUAUGUGGUGGUAGAACAGCUCAUAAAGGUGCUAGGCAUGGAUUAACACUGAACGGAAAAUUAAAAAGGAUAGCAAAACAAGAAGAAGCAUUGUUAAAUACAAACCUAUCUUUCAAUGUGUUAGAAAAAAUAGAAAACAAUAAUAAUAACAAUAACAUAUCUGAUGAUGAGCAUGAAAAAAUCACUAAUGAACGUGCAGUCUUACCUAUAGCUUCUAUUGAGGAAAUAGCAGAGAGGAAAGUAUCGAAAACUACAAAAAGAAAAACAAGAAGAAGUAUAAACGAUUUAAGCCAUAAAUUAAAUAUUCUAUGUAAUCUAAUUGACAGCGAUGAAAAGAGUAUGAAUGAAAUAGUAGAUGAGGAAUCAAAAGGAAAGAAUAACGAUAGAAGGAAGAAGAAGAAGAAGAGAAAGAUUUCUGAUAGUGGUGUUAAGAUAGAGAAGGACGUAUUAUUUCCUACGAAUCAUAAACUAGAGAAAGAAAUAAGUAAAAAGGAUAGUAAGGAAUAUCCAAACAGUCAAGAUAAUACAGAGUACACAAAAACAUCGAAGAAGAGGAAGGAACUAAAAGUCAAGAAAAGACAAAAUGAAUUCAAUGAAUAUCCAGCAAAGAAAUUUAAAAAAUUGGAUAAGAACCAUGUAGAUUCACUUCCAGUUGAAAACAUCGAUCUUCUACAAUGUAAAUUACAAAGAGAGCAUAUUUUCACAGAGCCUGUAGGAUCCCAUGAGAUCAAGGAUUGCCUAACAGAAUCACCGUAUGCUUAUACUGAACAAAAAGCAGAUCAAUUGAACAAAAAACUGAGAAAGAAGAAACGUGCAAAACGGCUUAGAAAAGAAAGAAUUAAGUUAGAAAAAAUUACAGAAUGUUUAAAAGCCGUUAAUUUUAAUAUUCCAGAACCUAGUAUAGAACAGUGUAAUAAAAAGAAGCUGAAAGAAGUGUCUGAAAAAUUAAUUGAUACUAGUACUACAAUAGAUAGAACUGAAUGUCUAAAAAAGCGGAGGAAAGAUAAAAAUAAAUCAAAAUAAUUAAAAAAUAUGAUGUUUAUAAAAAGAAUUGUAUAUACGUAUUUAAUAUAUCAAUUGUUUAUGUAUAUUUACACAUGCAUUCAUGUACCAUAUAUAAUGAUUUCUAAAUAUAUUAUUAUUUUUUUAUAAAUAA